AUGAGAAGUGUGUGUUUCUGCCUGGCUCUGCUGCUGCCUUGGUGUGUCCAGAGCCAGAGGAGCCGCCCGGCCCUCACCCAGCUGGAUGAGGACACGCAGAGGGACGUGCUGGCUGUCGACAUCUUGAACCGCAGCGGCGUGUUGAACUCUCUUCUCCGCUCAGAGCACCACCUGGUGCUCAGGCGAGCACGACCGCAACGCCCGGCUUCCCAGGUGCCCAAACGGGCUCAGCAGGGGUCCCGCUUUGCCCUAUCCCUUGACGUCCCCACCAGCAUCCUCAGUGUCCUCAUAGACCUUGCCAAGAACCAGGACAUGAGGACCAAAGCAGCUGCCAAUGCAGAGCUGAUGGCACGAAUAGGCAAAAGGAAAUGA